GGUCCAGCGGGGAUGAAGUGCAGCAGCAUCAUCCUCCAUCUCUUCUUCCUCUCCCUCACACAUGCCUUGGUGCACUUUGGCCUGACCAGGUCCCAAUUCAAUCCGCUGCUCCCCUUCACCGAGCACUUGGACCAGGCUGGCGAGGUCUCCCUUCGGUGGGGCUUUGAUCAGCCGCAGGAUGUGAUCACGUUCGAGCUGACUGUGACCACCACUGGAUGGGUGGAAAUGGGCUUCAGUCCCGGUGGAGACAUGGUCGGGGCUGACAUCGUUAUUGGUGGAGUCUUGGCGAAUGGCAGCACUUACUUCAUGGACGGCCACUCGACAGGGAACACUGUCCCGCUGGUGGACAUCCAGCAGAACUACAUCCCCUUGGCUCUCAGCGAGGCCGACGGCCGAACCGUUAUGAAGUUCCAGAGAUCCAUUCAGCCUUGCGACAAGGAUGAUGCCUUCAUCUCUACAUCUCACAUCAAGGUGAUAUAUGCCUAUGGGGGAACUGAUGAAAUCGAUUACCACUACACUCAAAGAGGGAAAAAAGAACUGAACCUGCUGAAUUACUCACCAAGGACAAACCACUCAAACACAUCAUACUUUGAGAUUGUGGCCAACAAUUUCACAGUGCCAGCAGUUCAUACACACUACUACUGCUGGAUUAUGCAACUGCCAACACUUAACAAAAAACAUCACAUCUACAGGAUUGAGCCCGUCAUUGAACACGUUGACCUUGUCCAUCACAUACUGCUGUACCGAUGUUCACCCCGUAUCAACAGCAGCUUCGAGGGGACAUGUUACUCAGGAAAUCUCUUGGACCUUGAGCAAUGCAUGGAUGUGAUGGCUUCUUGGGGCGUAGGGGGAGGGAUCCUAGGAUUCAAAUUUGACUUGACUUUCCUUACCCUCCUACUAACCAAAGCACUGUUCCUCCUUCUAGGCCUUCCAACUCCAGAAAAUGCUGGCAUCCCCAUUGGAGGAGUGCUUAACAAAUCCUACUACCGGCUGGAGAUUCACUACAACAAUCCUGCACUAACCUCAGGUGAGACUGACAAUUCAGGCCUGCGAUUCCAUUACACGCCCGACCUCAGGCUGCAUGAUGCUGCCAUCCUGACGACUGGACUGGUCAACAGUGCCAGAUAUGUCAUUCCUCCAAACGCCACGGCUUUCCAGAGCUAUGCUGCAUGUAGCACAUCUCUCUUCAACCAAGUUCUCUCUACUCCUGCUCCUGAUCUCAAUGUCUUUGCUGCCAUACUGCACACUCACUUGGCGGGAAGAAAAGUUCGAGUAGCUCACUUCAGGAAUAAGGAACAGAUUGGCUUUCUGGGUGUGGAUGAAAACUACGACUUUAACCUGCAGCAAACUACAUACCUAGGAAAUGUAAAAACACUUAAAAUGGGAGAUGAAAUGAUCGUGGAAUGCACGUAUGAAACAACUAAUUGCACAAGAAUGACCGAGUUAGGACUCUCAACUUCAAAGGAGAUGUGUUUGGCCUUCUUGUAUUAUUAUCCAGCCAUACACAUAAGCGUCUGCUCUAGCUUACCAAACUUUAAUGAACUGCAAGGUUCCAUGGGUGUUGCAAACUAUUCGCAAAGACUUGGGAUGAAGAUGCCAUUAAGGAGUACCAGAAUAAAAUAAAGCGCCUCUCUCAGUUAAUUUAUGUUGCCGAUAUAAAUGUAAGCACC